AUGAGAGACACCCCCCUUGCACUAGAGGCUCUGGAGGACUGCCAGGGCAGCUCUGACCCUGCUGGCUGCUUCGUGGAAUUUAUAGAAAGCAACAGAGUACAUCUCAUUCAAAGAACGGGAAUGAUCACUGUCAAGCAAAUAGCAGAUGACCUUUGGGCCUGCAAUGUCAUGUCUUGUGAAGAAGUGAAUAGCAUUGCCUGUGAAAAGGUUGAACAAGAAGCCUCAAGAAUGAUGAUUUACAUGAUUUUGAAUAAAGGUUCAGAAGCCUGCAAUAUUUUGGUUAAGUCACUUGAGAAACACGACUUUUUCCUCUUUCAUGACCUGCAAGGAUAUUGUACUACUGGGCAAGUGGAACAACAUAAAUUAAAUUACUUGAUUCAGGAUUUAAAGUAUGUGUAUCUAUCUUCAGCUUUUCAAAAAUAUCAUCCUCUCGGUAGUGAUACUGACAUAAUUUUUGAUUUGGCAACUGACUAUACUGACUCUUUGCUGUGGAAAAAAGAUAUACAUAAUAGCAGGAAAGGGCAGCUGACGCUAAAUGUCCUUCUGGAGGAAUUGAAAAAUCCCUGCAUUAUAGAAGCAGAAGCUGGCAAAGGAAAAACAACUCUUCUAAAAAGAAUUGCUGUACUCUGGGCUUCUGAAAAUUGCUCCGCUUUGAAAAAAUUCCAAUUGGUUUUCUUUAUCAGCCUGACUAGGACAAGAGGUGGAAUAUAUGACUGUGAUCAGCUUCUUUUUGAACAAUACCCCAUCUGCAAACAAGAUUUCAUGAAAAUGCUACUAGCACAAAGACAAAGGGUUCUUUUCCUGUUAGAUGGAUAUGAUGAAUUCAAACCCCCAAACUGUCCAGACAUAGAAGCAAUGAAUAAAGAAAACCACAAAUUCAAGAACAUGGUUAUUAUUGCUACCAAGACUGAGUCUAUCCAUAAAAUCAGACAGUUUGGGUCACCGAUUACUGAAACAGAAGAUCUAUUGGAGGAGAGUUGCAAGAAGCUCAUUAAAAAUGUCUUGACAAAUAAGCUGGCUGAUGGUCUGUUAAACCAGCUUAGAGAGGCCACUUCCAUGAAGAACCUUAUGAAGACUCCACUCUUUGUCAUCAUUGCUUGUGCCAUCCAAAUGGGUGAAAGUAAUUUUCAUCCAAGCACCCAGACUGUACUUUUCUCUACUUUGUAUGACCUGAUGGUGGAGAAAAACAGGUACAAAACAAAAGAAAUGACAGAAAAUCAUAUUAUGGUGAGCAUAAAUCAUUGUGGAGACUUAGCUUUAGAUGGAAUAUUUGAUCAAAGUUUUGAUUUUCAGUCUGAGGAUUUAGCUGACAUAGAAGAAGAAGUCCUGCUAGCUUUAGGUCUUCUAAAUAAAUACACAGCUCAAAGACUAAAGCCAACAUAUAGAUUUUUUCAUAAAUAAUUUCAGGAAUACACUGCAGGCAAAAAACUUUGCAAACUACUGACAUCCUGCCAAGAAGCAGAGGUGAAGAAAGGGUAUAGUUAUCUACAGAAAAUUAAUACUAUUUCAGAUAUUACUAAUACUUAUUUAAAUUUGCUCCUCUACUCUCUAGAUGCCACUAGAAUAAUUUUGGACUUAGUGAAAAGAAUUGAUUAGCAUAGAGAUAUUUCUGAACUGUUUUCAUUAAAGAAUCUGGCUUUGGAAAGAGAAUACACAGAAAAAUUAGAAAAUAUAACAGAAAAGGAAGAUUUAAAAAGAACUGACAAGGACAUUUUUGCAGAGUGUAUCAUUAAUUUCUUUUAUGGAAGUUCUUCAAAAUCAGCCUUGAGCAGAGAUUUUGAGGAGGUUUUUUGUGAUAAAAGUAUUUACAUUAAUACUCAAAAUAUCCCAACUUAUUUCUCUGAUUUUUUUAGAUACUUACCAAAUUGUCUUAGUGUACUAGGACUCAUUAAGUUAGACUUUUUUGGAAAUUGCUCACCAAAUAAGGAAAUAGACAAUGAGAAUGUGGAAGAUCUUCAAAUUAGUUCACUUAAAACUUACAUUCCUGAAAAGGCUGUCUCAUUAUUCUGCAACUGGAACUAGAAUCUCAGAUCUUUAGAAAUUACACCGCAAGAUUUCAACAAGUUAAAGAAACAUGAUAUUAAAUAUCCGGGCAAAAUAUGUUUCUCUGCUGCAAGCCUCAAGCUGCACAUCAGCAAUAGUGCUGGUAUCACAGGAACAUUGAAUGAAGUCCUUGAAACCUGUAAAAACUUACAAGAUCUUACUGUGGAGUGCACACCUCUUACUGUGGAAGAUGAGCAACAGAAAACAAUGACAAAGCUGAAAACCUUACAUAUAAGAGAUCUGCAAAGUGAAAAUCUAGAAGGUGGACUUACUGAUGGAGUAAAGAAAUUUGUGAAUGCUGAAGGGCUUGUACUUGACAAUAUAAGUAUGAAUGGAGGUGGUGCAAAAAAAUUAGCUGAAGGUAUCAGAAAUUUGAGAAAGCUACGCUUAUUAUACGUGAAUCAUUUGACAGCUGUUGGGGAUGGCAUAACCUACAUUGUAAAAUCAGUCUCUGAUGAACUAAGUGAACUUGAAGAAAUCCAACUAGUCAACUGCUGUAUCUCCAGUGAUGCUGUGGAAACUGUAGCUCAGAAUCUUUGUACUUUGCUAAAACUGGAUGUACUUGAUUUGUUGGAAAAUUACUUAGAAAAGUAAGGAAAAGAUGCUGUCCACAGACUUGUUGAUGGCUUACAUGUCCUACCUGGGACGAAAGUGCUGAUGCUUCCCUGGGGAGAUGAACUAAUGGUUUGCCUAACAAAAUUGAUAGAACUACUGGAAACAAUGCCACAGCUGACAAAACUUGGAUUGAGGAAAUGCAGCCUCACUGAUGUGAAGGUCAGAAUUCUAGGCAAUUUUUUUGAGAAAGAACACCUGCAGAACCUUCAGCACUUGGACUUGGCAAUGAAUUGUGUGACAAGCGAUAGCUGGCUUUCCUUCAUGCAGCCACUGAUCUCUCUCAAGAAGCUGGUAUCUGUAGAUUUCAGCAGCAAACAAGACUGGGUGCGCAAAUUAAGUCAGGUACUAACCACACUGAAUUAUUUAAAGGAGAUUAAAGGGACUGGAUGGAAGUUUGGUUGCCAUGAUCUUGAACUUAUUAAUGGUGCAAAGAUAAACUGCAGAAAACAAUUUCAGCUAAUGCAUUCUUAA